AUGAUGCAAGGCAUGCAGGGACAACAACCUCCUACUCAAGUUCCCGUUCCUCAAGCUGCAGCUGGACCAGAUUUUCGUGCCUUCUUCAGGAUGGAACCUCCAGAGUUUGUUGGCGGACUUGAUUCUCUUUUGGCUCAUGACUGGUUAGCUGGUAUGGAAAGGGUGUUCCAAGCUAUUCAGUGUACUGAAGAAGAAAAGGUGAUCUUUGCUACCCAGAAGAUGAAGGGACCGGCUCUUAGGUGGUGGAACACUGCAUCUACCUAUUUCGCCACACAAGAAAUUCCUAAGGAUUGGCAACACUUCAAAGUGGCAUUCUUGGAGAAGUAUUUCCCUAAUAGUGUGAGGACUCAGAAGGAGCGAGAAUUCCAGAACUUCAAGCAAGGUGACAUGUCUGUUUCAGAAUAUGUAGAGAAUUAUGCUCCAGAUGAAUUAUGGAAGAUUGACCAGUUCAUGAUGGGUUUGAGGGCCGACAUUGCUCAUAGUGUUUCCCAGAGAGAGUUCACCACUUAUGCUGAGUGUUUGAGGCAAUGCUAUGUUGCCGAAAACAGUUUGAAGAGGGUUCAAGAAGGGAGGAACCAGAACAGGGCUAAUUUUAGGGAGCAAGGAAGAUCUACUCAACACUUGAGGCCCCGUAAUCCUCCACCAAAGAAGAAGCAGGCUUAUGGUGACCAAUCAGCUCAACCGCCCCAUUAUCGCAAGUGUGGUAGGAAGCAUACCGGAGAGUGCAAGUACGCUUCAGUGACUUGUUUUAGAUGUGGCGAGCAGGGCCACAUAGCUCCAUAA